AUGUCAGAAUUGAAAAUUAAAGAAGGGUUAGCCAAGAUGUUGAAAGGUGGGGUUAUCAUGGAUGUUGUUAACUACGAACAAGCAAAAAUUGCCGAAAGGGCUGGCGCUUGUUCUGUCAUGGCUCUUGAAAGAAUUCCUGCCGAAAUGAGAAAGUCAAACCAAGUUUGUAGAAUGUCAGACCCACAUAUGAUUAAAGAGAUCAUGGAGAAUGUCCAGAUACCAGUUAUGGCUAAAGUUAGAAUUGGGCAUUUUGUUGAAGCUCAAAUUUUGGAAGCUUUGAAGGUGGACUAUAUUGAUGAGAGUGAAGUUUUAACUCCCGCUGACACUGUAGACCACAUUGACAAGAACAAAUUUAACGUUCCAUUUGUGUGUGGUGCCCGAAACUUGGGUGAGGCAUUAAGAAGAAUUAAUGAGGGUGCUGCCAUGAUUAGAUGCAAAGGUGAAGCUGGUACUGGCGACAUUUCCUCUGCAGUCGACCACAUCAAGACCAUCACCAAAGACAUCCAAGAAGCAUGUGAAUUAAAGACUGAAGAGGAAAGAAAAGCGUUGGCCAAGGAAUUGAGAGUACCAGUUGAAUUGGUCAACACCGUUGUGGAAUUGAAAAGAUUGCCUGUUGUCACUUUUGCUGCUGGUGGUGUUGCUACUCCUGCCGAUGCUGCCUUGUUGAUGCAAUUGGGCUGUGAUGGUGUAUUUGUUGGUUCUGGUAUCUUCAAGUCCCUGAAUCCUGAAAAGCUUGCCACUGCUAUUGUCAAUGCUGUCACUCAUUAUGACGACCCUCUCAAGUUGUUGGAAUAUUCUACUGACUUGGGCGAAUUGAUGCCAGGUAUAUCAGUUGACUCUAUCAAGGAGAACGAAAAGUUGGAAAAGAGAGGUUGGUAG